GACGCAAGAAUGCAGAUCUUCGUGAAGACCCUCACAGGCAAGACUAUCAUCCUUGAGGUGGAGCCCAGUGACACUAUCAAGAAUGUCAAAGUUAAAAUCCAAGACAGGGAGGGCAUCUCACCCAACGAGCAGCAUCUGAUAUUUGCAGGCAAACAGCUGGAAUAUGGUUACACUCUCUCAGGUUCCAACAUCCAGAGAAAGUCCACCCUGCACCUGGUGCUGCGCCUGCAAGGCAGCAUACUCAAGCCUUCCCUCCGCCCCCAUGCCAUCAACUGCCGUGAAAAGAAGAGGGGGCAUGUUGACAACCUGCGCCCCAGGAAGCAAGUCAAAUAA